AUGUUUGUCUGGUCGAGUCCUAAGGCGGUUGUCAACACUCGACCAAGCGUGCGCCCUCUCUGUUUGGUUUGUCCAUUGGUCGGUAUCCGUCAAAACUACUAUUAUAGCAGCAGUGGAACUGGGCAUACAUACGUAGAUUUUCAGCCUCAACAACGAGCUGGACAACAUUUUUCCAACUUCUUUCCUUCAGCUGCAGCCUACCGAGGUACUCCAGCUCCAGCUCCAGCUCCAGCAUCAUCCUUUCAAGAUACUGAAUUCCAGCCGUCACCCUAUCAGCUGCCACCACAGUACGACCCCUAUCUGAGGAACAACUUCCACACCAAUCAGCACCUACCUCAGCCCUUCCAUCCUCAGACCCAGAGGUUCCCUUACGAAAUAUCUCCUUCUCUAGAACUGCAGAAUUACGACUACGAUGACAAAGUACGAACGAAUACAAACCAAUUCACUGGCGAACACCCACAAGGCAUUGUCGACCAACUCGACAGUAAUCGGUGGAAAGGAAAUGAUAAGAAAGUUAAAAGACCAGAUGAAACAACCGCACAACCUUUUCCGAAUUCGACUCCUUUCUUCCACGACUUCGAACGAAAGGUUACGCGAGGACCACCUUCUGCAAGAAGACCAGUCGCCACGACUGAAGAACCAUCUCUAAGAAAUCGUUCGCGUUAUAAGGCUCCCCCGAGAUCAGACGUAAGGAUAAAGCCUACAACGUACGCUCCACCUUCUACAUACUCCCCUAGACAACGUGGAAGAUUCCGUCCUCAAGAAGAUAUUGUUCGCAUAAGCACCACGACGACAACUACUACGACUACGACAACUCCGUCACCUGAUGUUCUAUACGAUACGUCUGCUGACAAUGAAUACGAUAUGGAGUACAUAUUAUCAGAGGAACCAGGUGAAACUAUUGAAACCUUCGACGAAACCCCUGCCGCACUUGUCAAACCCGACUUCAACUUGAGAAACAUUUCGAUACAUCACCCACGCAUCUUACUUCCUGGACCCGAAACCAACGUGGACAAAAUUGAAGUGAUUCCUCCUGCCCCCACGACAAAGGCUACAACAACUACUACAACGACAACUGAAGCCCCAACUCAACGAACUACCCAGAGGCCAAUAACAUUCAGGACAUCAAGAGCUACAACGACUAGUCCCACUACCACCACAACGACAACAGAGACCCCCACAACAACCACUGUCAAAUCAAUAGUCAGCAAUCAAGUUACGGCUCCAAAAGAAGACCCUGAUGCUGGUCAAACGACUGAAAGCUGGGUGAUAGUAGCAUCUGUACAGACGAGUCGAAGCGUAUCAGGCGCAAGAUUUUUGCCGGGGGUUGUUAAGCAGGAAGAAAUUCAGAAACCUCUUACGUCCAGUGGUAACGUUGAAAAGACAACGAACAGAGACCAAGAAGAACAAACUACUGAAAAGGCAGGGGAUAUCCCCCAAGAGUCUAUGUCUCCUAAACCCGUGUCCACAGAAAGUAUCAUUGAUAAAUUGGACAGAGUCCAAUCGGAACUAUCAAGUGGUAUCCUAAAUGGAGGACUAAGACCUGGUGGGAAUAAGAUUGAACUAGAGAUCCCUGAUAUGUUAUCGGAAAAUAAAACAGUGAUCACAACUACUACAACGACCACGACAACAACCACAACUCCAGCACCCACCACUACGACAACCACUCGAACUACAACUCAAAGAACAACAACUACCUCUUCUACUACAGAAGAUCAUUCUGAAAGUUCUUUCGUACGCAAGUUUGUCCCAGCUGCAAAACGAACUACCAUCAAACCUAAAAAAUCCAUCAUCGAAAAUAUACAGUUCGAUGAUCUCUCAGGACUUCUUCCUCCUGGAUUUAAACCUAGAGCGCCUAAGCCACAGGAGCAAAUGCAAAAAGACCAAAGCCGCUCAGAAAAAGAAAAAAGCCGAGAAGGUAACGCUAGAUCAACAGGCAGUUCUUCCAAAAACAAACUUCAAUAUCAAGAACUCAACCCUGCUCUGUUACCACCAGGCUUUAAAAAAGAUAACAAAGAAUCAUCUUCACCUUCCGAAAAGCCUAAAGAAAUCGAUAGUCUCUUCACCAAGAUCACCUUCGACGACGUCAGCUCUCUACUUCCUCCUGGUUAUACUCCAGGAUCUCAAUCAGUUGAAAAACCUAAAAUUGAGGAUGUAAGUAAGUUAUUACCGCCCGGUUAUUCUACAGCUAAACCAAAAAUUAGGCCCACCCUUCCAAAAGUGAAAUUUGAAACCCCCUCUGAUCUCUUGCCUCCUGGAUUCAAACCAAGAGAAGAAGAGUCGAAUGAUUCAAAAACAAUCCUUGAUUCUUUGUUGAAGAAAGUUGAGUUCAAAGACGUAUCCAGUUUGCUUCCACCGAAUUUUAAAUCCAACGCUACAGAACCAGAAGAGAAGAAUGUGACGAGUCAGGAAAACACAAGUACAGAAGAAGCAACUACAACGGCUGCUCCAGGAAAAGUCGUGUUCCCGACGAGACCAGGUGGCAACAGAAAACCUGGAGUUGCCAGGACGAAAUCCGGCGGUGGUCUAUCACCUAUCAAGCCUAAGAUACAGAAAGGAUGGCCUACAAGGGCUACGACUGAAUUCACUGGAUGGCCGACACCUUCGACGACCCCCAUCUCUGUAGAGAAGAUCCUGGCGGCGGCGAAGGCAGCGGCUGCCACAAGCACCACCGAGGCUACAACCACCACCACCACCACAACCACAACAACCACUACCACCACCACCCCAAGGCCCACCACCCCUGGUAUCUGCACCAAGGACUGCGACAUGGCAGCCACCAUCAGGCUCGUCGGCGGGGUCAAGUGGGUUCCGGAACUUCUCGACCACAACACCAUCGAGUGGCAGCAGCUGGCCAACGAAGUGUCCAACCAGUUGGAAGCUGUUUACAGCAGCUCUGAUUCUUUGAGCAAGUGGUACAAGAAGAUAACCAUCGAUGACUUUAGUGAGGGAAGUGUAUUAGUAGACUACUUUGUAGAACUUAGCGAGCUUGGGCGUACAGUAAACACUGCAGAAAUGAAACGUCUCUUCCACGAAAGCUUGACUAAGUACUCGGCUAAUCAGGCUGCACUAACAGCUAGUCCAACUGGAAAUGGCACAGAAUAUAAGCUAGGAAAAUUCAUCAUAGAUCCAACUUUCACUGACUUCAUAGUAUUGCCUAAACAAGUUAUACCAACUGUUGGCUAUGCUGAGGAAGAUGAACUUUUGCCUCAAUGGGCUAUUGCUGUAAUAGUUAUUGGGUUGGCCUCACUUCUAUUUGUUAUCAUCUUUGGAGUUACUGUUCUCGUCAAUCGCCAUAAGAAUGCUAAAGCAAAACAACCUGCUGCUCUCACUGAAGAUAUGCUGCAUGAACUGAAUAAGAACCACAUGGGUGGCUUAGACAACUUUGGGGCUGAUGACCUGUAUAAUAUGGAGGAUGUUUGGAAUGACAAACCUCCCAAAAAGAGGUCUUCUGGUUCAUUACAAGAAAACAGCAUGGCUAACUUGUAUGAUAGCUGGAGAUCUGAAUGGAAUGGUUAUUAUUAUAAUGCUUAUUAUGGAACUGGCUCCGGUUAUGGAGGGCGUAGACGAUCGGACUAUGACACCAACUUUUAAGCUUGUCGAUUGUUGUUACUUUUCCUCAUCGUGUUUUUAAAAUUUUGAUUCUAUAUAUACACUUUAAGCCAAAAACAGUGUACUUAAAACACUUAUAAACUCAAGUGUUUAUUCACAUUUUUGUAAUUAUUUUUGUAUAUGAAUUAAGUUAUUUCUGAUGAAUAUUAGAUAAAAUAUCUAUUAAAUAAGAAAUGCUUAAUUAAAUUUGAAGUAUUAUUGAAUGUUAUUUUUAAUAAUAAUAAUUAAACAUUGUUGAAAUUAUUAAAGAUAUAAUGAGUGUUUGUAUGUACUAUAAAAGUGUUAAGGUUGCAUCUAUUUGUAUUUUGUAGUAAAAGCUUAUUAUGUUAUUAUUAAAUUGUCGACUAUUUAAUCCAAAAAUGGACAUAUGAAAUAUGUUUACUGCACUGUGGCCAUUUUUCUAAGAAUGUUAAAUUUCAACCACAUAAGACAUAUCAGACUUCAUAUUUUCUCUGAAAUAUGGUUUAUUAAAAUAAACCUCCUUAAUUCAGUAGAGCCCUGCUUAUCCAUCCUAUCACAAUUUAAUAUAAAGAGUCUGUUUAUCCUGAGUGUAUUAAAGAAGUUUUCUUUAAACACCAAUAUUAAUUUUAAUAUGUACAUUUGGUACGGUCAGAUGUAUAGUAAUUAUGAUAAGUUAAAUUUAUUAGACCAAUUGAUUAUGAUAUUAAAUAAAAAUUUAUUCAGAUAAAUGAUUAUUGAAGAAUACAAAUGGUCAUUCAGUUUUUUUAUAGUUUUCAUUUAUUUUUUAGUAAAGAUACAACACCCUCUCUUAACGUAUCUGCCAACCAAAAGUAAGAUAUUUGCUGUUUGUUACCAUUUCUCUUCAUUAGAUGGUAAUCCUUUUAAUACUCUAAAGUUCACGGAUCAAUAUUUGCUGAAGUAGUACCAAAUUUAUCUUUUGUUUGUAAAUGAACUUUUAUUUUGAAUAAUUUUGUUUCCAUUAUAAUAGUCAACUAUGUGGAACUGUUACUUAAAUCUCCCCUUCCCCUUUUUGCUAUUGGUUAAAUGGGGUUCUACUUUACAUUUAUUCUGGUAAAUUUAAAUUAAAUGCUAAAUAUAAAAUGGAUGUAACCGUCUUUAAAAAAUGAAAUUAACUAAAAAUUUUAAGAUAAGGGCAAAACAAUUUUCAUUUGUUAUUUUCUGAUUGGUUUAAAAGUCACUUGAAUCAAGUCUGGUGAGUCUUCAAAACAAGAGCCCAUAGUUGUGCAUGAACAUAUUGUCAAUUAGAAAUAUUGCACGAUUAUAGAACAAAAGAUUCAAGGUGCCAAUAAUUGUUACCAGUAGGAGGAAAAAAUUGUCGACCUCAACAGGCAAUUGAACGGUCCUGUCAUUUAGCGUUUUUAAACGUCAUUAAUUGUAUAUUUGUAUUUACUAUAUAUUAUAAUAAUUUGACAAUUGUAAAUAUUUUAACCGGUCACCAAUAUAAUUUAUAUACUUUCUUCCCUCACACUCUUCCUUUUUGAAGCUAAGACCAAGUUUCUAGAUUAAAUAUAAUUAUGUAAGGGACUAAUAUAUAUAUAAAUAUAUUUUAGAUAAAUAAAGUUAAGCUCAAUUCUAUUGUAAAUUUAGAAAAGGUGUCUUAGGCUGAGGGAGAGAGUGAUGAGCCCAUGGCCUUGUGAGUUAGUCAUUUCUAGUCAGGCACAGGGUUUGUAGGCACCGGCUUAUAAUCUUUUUCUUGCAUUUUUUUGCCAAAAAUGUGAAUACACCUAGGGUCUUUUCUCCAAUCCCUAUUCUGCAUUACAGGAAUUUUAUUUGUGAUUGUAUUUUAAAAGUUUGUUUAUUGUAUUUUACGACCCGAAUUAAAUGUUUCUGGAUGUCAAUACUCGUUGCUGUAAUUAAUUAGAUAGUGUUGAACUUAUUUCAUAUUUUUAGACGUUCGCAUUAAUAUUUAUAUGAGCCUAUCUUUCAAUUGUUAAUAUUUAUGAUAAGAUUAUUAUUAACAUUUUCCUUAUCGCAGGAUAAAUAUAAAAUAAUUUUAAACCAUUCCAAUGUUAAAACUAUCUUUAUUCUUUCAUAUUUUAAAGUAGUUUUAAAUAUAUUUAUUUAGUUUUAAUUAUUAUGAAGUUUUUAAUGUCUCUUUUUGUUACAUAAUUUUUUUUUUAAAUCGAUGUAUAUUAAAAAAAAAGAUUAAUGCAUGAAACAAUUUUAUAUAAAUGUAGCAAUCUAGUUUUAUAUAUGAUGUACAUCCAUAGAAAAUUUAUGAAUAAAUGUAUUGUUUCUU